UUUUAAGUCGUAUAUAUUUAAAGAUGAUGAUGUAAAUGAUAGACGUAAAGUAAUUAUUUUCAGGAGCUUGUUUUAGAUGUGUGCGCAAUGAUCAUAUUUCAGGACGUAUAUUAUGUGUAGAACUUGAGGACUUCAAAAGCAGGUUAAAAGCGAAAUAGGACAUUUGUUUCCAAAAUCUACUUGAAGUAUAUGUUGAGAAAACGGUGUACAUCAUUUUAGGAGAAUGAAAGAAAGGGGUCGAAUCGAAAUCAUCCUGAGCUAUAUUGUACCUCGUCGUCGCCUAGUCAUUCCAAUACUCUUGUUGAUGGGAGUAGCAAUACUAAUUUUUGCGAGAGCUACAGGAGAAAUGCCUAGUCGAAAAACAAGAAGUGUUCCUGAGUUUGAAGAAUACACUUACGAAAGCCUCCUAAGUACAUUCCAUAAUGUUACACAAAUUAAUCCUCACAAAUAUCACUAUAUACAUUCUCCAAUAAAAAUAUGCAAAGCAAAUGGUAAUUCAGAAGAUCCAGAACUGUUGAUUUUAGUUAAGUCUGAUGUUACGCAUUUUAGUUAUCGAAUGGGCAUUAGAUCAACAUGGGGAAACUUUUCCAUUAAUUCCUUCAAACUCGUAUUUCUCUUAGGAUACUCUUCAACAAUAGAAGCUUUAGUUCAAAGUGAAAAUGACAAAUACCAUGAUUUAGUGCAAGAAAACUUUGUCGACGCCUAUAGAAAUAACACCAUAAAAACAAUUAUGGCAUUUAAUUGGGCUGUACGAACUUGUCCUGGUACAAAAUAUGUAUUAUUUGUCGAUGAUGACUAUUUCGUUAAUGUAAACUCAGUAACAGAAUUUCUGAAAGUAAAUGCCACAUUAGAAAGUGAUUUAUUCGUAGGCUUCCGAGUGGACAAUGCAAGGGUAUUCCGAUAUAUCGAAUCGCAAUGGUACAUGACAAAACCAGAAUAUCCCUUCCUUCAUUAUCCACCAUAUAUUAGUGGCGGUGCAAUGCUAUUAUCGAUGAAAACAGCAAUGAUUUUACAGAACUCAUUAGCAUACGUCAGAUAUUUGUAUGUGGACGAUGUUUACAUUGGUAUAGUUGCUUAUUUACUUAAUAUUAAUCUCACUCAUAGUGACCGUUUCGUAUUGACCUUCGCGAGUGAUAACCUUGACAGCUGUCUUGCGGCCCAUAAUUAUGGAUCACCUGAUAGUUUGAUUCAGGAAUGGAAAAUCUUUCUCCGGAGGCAUUACGAUUAUACUGUUCAUAUCUAUUCACAACAGAUGAAGGAUAUUUUAUACAUCAAAUAACGACUGAUAAAGUAUAGCAUUCAGUUUGAUAUUGUCAGCAAUUUUAGCUUCAUAGCAAUUAUUGAUAUUAUAACAGUUUCCCGCAUAUUUUUGCUUUUUUAAGGUGAAAGGAAGGAUAGAUGGAGAAUUUUAUAUAGCAUUUGCAAUAUCACAUCUGUAUCAACCAGAGACAUCAAUAUAAUCCCAAGAGCUCUGCUCGAGGGAUUAUAUUGGUUGAGGGUUGAUAGGGUGUGUGAUAUUGAAAAAAAAAAACAUAUCAUAUACACUUUAUUAUAUAACCGAAGUAGAUGUUUUUUUUCACGUGACAUAACGUAAUAUAGAUUAGGGUUUGAUAAAGCCUUUGCAACCGUGACUGAUAUCGAUGAAGAGACGUCAUAUAGAUUAGGGGAUGAUUAAGGCUUUGCAACCUGACUGAUGUCGAUAUCAUCACGGAUGUCUGUUACAGCACGAUUCCCAUUGGUCGUGUUACACAUACAAUUUACAUGUAUUUACUACUAAGUAUAAAAUAAAAGUAAUUAUCUGCCCUCAUGUAAAAACAUCUUGUUUUGAAAUAUAUUUUUGGGGUUACCCAUUGACAUAUAUAUAAACAUAAAUGGCAAGAUCUCAAAAUCAGGCUAUUUCAGCUUUUUCCUGCAGUGCUUCAUUAACUCAAAAAGUAAGAAAAUUGUAAUAUUGGGACGGAUAUAGAAAAUUUUAAAUGUCCAUAGCAAAUGCAUGUGUGUAUUUGAUAUUAAAAACCUUAAUUUUUAAUUGAAUAUAGACUUCAGAGUGGGCCAUUUGAAUAAGUGAUUUUUUUACGUUUUGUAAAUAUAAUAAUUUUUUUUAAACAUAUUUAGGAAGAUGAUCUUACUACGUAACUGUUUAUUCAGACAAUUGUACCCUCAGUGAAUGACAUGCAAGUGUAAGGCUGAUUGGGUCACUUCUAGGAGGAAACCGUCGUUAAAUGGUAGAUACAGCAGACAAAGCUUAAUUGAAAAAAAAUGGUUUGAUAAAGCAAAGAAAAUAAGAUACUGUCAGUUAAAAUCAAAUUUCACUUGCAGUUGAUCUUUUUGAUUGAGAAACCAACAUUGUGAUAGAUCUUAGUUUAGUCAAGAUACCAUUGUAGACCAUACCGAAUGCCAAAGUCCAGUUACUGUAACUCUUCAGCCGAUUUAAGUUCACCAGACCAAUAUACUUUAUAUGAGUAAAAUUCAAGAGUCCAGCAAAAGUAUUACACUGCCAUAUUUAUUAGUUGCAAAUGCCAUGCAAUUCCAUACAAAGUUCCUUUGAAAUGACUUAGUAUUGAGGGGCAUUCUUUAUUCUGACGUAAAUGCUACACAUACAUUUUGAACAAUUUAAAUACUCACUAAGUAAUUAUUGUAAUUAAUAUUCAAAAGGGACAUUCAUCAUGAUCAGAAAAUGCUCCAAUGAUUCGAUAAUCCGAGGUAUGACAUGACGAUUUGAUGAGGUGCAUUAGUUAUGAUAAAGGAAUAUCAAAUUAAAAUGAUUACAGUAACAUCCAAAUCUCCAGUAAUCUUUCUGUUAAUGGCUUUUAAUUAUGCAUAUAUAUCAAAAUAUUCGUAAGUAAACAACUAGUUUCGUUAAUAAUUUGAAGAAUCAAUUAUCCUUUUGUAAAUUAUACGACAAUAAACAAAAAGACUACAGAAUAACAUUAACGUGAAAAGCCAAGGCAUUGAUAUUUAUAAAUUGUCUUUAAAUAAGUUUGUUGAACGUAUAUGACGUUAUGGUAAAGAUGAUAUUAUAAGCUUAUAUCCUUUAAAGUCAAAUGAGUUUAGAAAGAUGAUAUUCUAGUUGAUAUUUGUUACUUUUCUUUUUUUUUAUAGAUUUCUUAAAACAAAGUUUUAAGAAAAUGAACAUGUGACAUCAUAUGUCAUCUACAGGAACAAUUGAAUAAAUAUAUUGGAGAGUAUUUUUAUUGUCGAACAAGGGUCAACCCUCGCUCGAAAAAGCAUUAAAUACACCAAAGUUUAUCGUGUAUAUUUCUUCUUUUCGGAAUUGAUUAUUUAGGUAAUUUUGUUGUAAUAUUUUGUGAUUUUUCUAAAACUGGUAUUUGGGCACAAAAUAUGCAAAUUAGUCAUAAAUGUGCAUCAUGUAAAAAUAAAAUAACAUGUCGGCAAUAUUCAGACUGUUUCAUUUCAAAUCUUGAUUAUUAUUCAAGCAAUGCAACAAUGGUAAAUUAUGCCAACCUUAAGUUAGUAUUUAUAAGGUUUUUAUGUUCUCAUUUUGUAAUAUUUUUAUAUGAAUUGGCUUUUUGUUGUUUUCUUUUAAAAUAAAUAUAUGAAGAAAGAGA